UUUAUUUUUCUUUUACAAUGGCUUCAUCGGAUGGGAUGGAGGAGGACUGCGUGCUGCAGCAGCAGCGGGGGAGAUCUCAGAGCGACCCAAGCAACAUCAUCGAGGUUCGCCUAGGUGAAGCGCACAGACCAGAUGUAAUGGAUCAGCAGAGAGCGCUCCAUUCAGGAUGCCUUGUCUCAGGGGUCCGUACGCCUCCUGUACGCCGCAACAGCAAGCUGGCCAACCUGGGGCGGAUCUUCAAGCCCUGGAAAUGGAGGAAAAAGAAAAAUGAGAAGCUGAAGCCCUCUGCAAUGUUGGAGAAGAAGGCAGCUGCACGACAGAGCAGAGAUGACCCCGUAAGAAGAGGCUUGGGGGAGACUGUGACAGAGUCAGACCUAGCUUGUGGAGGCAGCAACGAAGAUCAAGACACACCCACACAUUCAGACAGUGAGGAGAGAGAUGAGGAGCCCCUGGUACCCUUAGACAACACAUUGGAAGCUCUUGGGAGCAAUAUUGAUCCCCCAGCAGUACAAGAUUUGCCAGUGGAGUCAAAAGCAAUUGCAGAUCACAGUCAGAGUAAGGAGGUUGAAGGAGACCACAAAUCACUAAAUGACCCAAGUGAUGAUCACUCCAUGGGGAAGGUGGUGGUUGCAGAGGGAAAAAAUGAGGCUGCUGUGGCCCUACCUCAGAAACGUGCAAGCACCCCUCCUCCACCCAACCUCCCAGUCAAAUUGCUCACCAGACUGGGCAGUCUAGAGGGCCCUCAUCCAGCUCCAAUGAAAAAAUCCCCGGCUACGUUGCCAAGGAACUUCACACUACCCAAAGACCCUCAGGGCUCUCUGCUGCGAGGCAGGAUCUCCACGCCCACUGGAUCCCCCCACCUUGGCGGUCUACACCCACAGUUGCCCCCUAGCUGCAUCAUUGAGGAAUUGCACCGUGCCCUGGCCACAAAACAUAGACAGGAGAGCUUCCAAGGGAAGGAGGUACGCUCAUCUCCGAAGCGUCGCCAAGAUGGCCGCCUUUCCCGCUCAUCCAGCGUAGAGAAAGAGCCUGUCAGCGAGUCGGAGAGCAAGAAGGAAUCCGAUGAGAACAAGGAGAAUCAGCGUCUAGAUGAAUACUACAGUGACCAGGACAGCUGGAAUGAAUCUGUCAUCUCUGGCACCCUCCCACGACGAAUGAGGAAAGAGCUGCUGGCGGUAAAGCUCCGCAACCGUCCCAGCAAGCAGGAGCUGGAAGACCGCAACAUCUUCCCCGUGCGCAGUGACCAGGAGCGCCAGGAGAUCCGGCAACAGAUAGAGACGAAGCUGGCCAAGAGACUGAGCCAGAGGCCAGCGGUUGAAGAACUUGAGAGUCGGAACAUCUUGAAGCAAAGAAAUGACCAGACUGAAAGGGAGGAGAGGAGGGAGAUCAAACAGCGAUUGAACAGAAAGCUUAACCAGCGGCCAACGGUGGAUGAGCUACGCGACAGAAAGAUCCUCAUUCGUUUCAGUGACUAUGUGGAGGUGGCAAAAGCUCAGGACUACGACAGGCGUGCUGACAAGCCAUGGACCAGACUGUCAGCUUCUGACAAAGCAGCUAUACGGAAAGAGCUUAACGAGUUCAAAAGUAAUGAGAUGGAAGUGCAUUCUUCGAGCAAGCACCUGACAAGGUUCCAUCGACCAUAGCAAGGUUUCUUCUGUGAAGAGUUGCUGAUAUUUGGUUCUGUCAGUGAAGACCUUGCAUGGAGUCUUCCAGUGCCCUGGCCCACAGUGAGUGGGUGUCCUGAUAUUUGGGGUGCAGUGAACUUUGGAGGCUAUGUCUCUAGAAUUGGAGCUGCCAGGAAGGAGAGACGCAUGCAGAAAGCUCCACUUCUGCUCAGAGGAACAUCUUACCUUUAUUUUACCUUUUCAGGGGAGCAGGACAAACAAGGCUCAUAUUUGCCAUAAAAAGAACUCGUUUUUUUAAAUAGACUUUUUUAAAAGAUGGCUUUUUUUGAUGCCAGAUGGGAAAAUGUGCAUGUGACCAAGUCAACCUGUCCCACUCCAGUACCAGUAGUCACAUCCCAAUCUCUGUUUGGGUCUCACCAAUCCCGUUAAUCCAAUUUCUUAUCAACAAUGUAAAUGUUCUUAAACAGAAACCUUGUCUGUGAACAAGAUGAAAACCCCCUUUGUAAGCACUAUUUAUUGUCUGCACA